AUGCCUCAUGCUGCGAAAGCCCAGCUGGCAUCAGGCCCCACCGUCGAUUUGACUUACGAGAAGAUCCGUCUCUUGGGGAAGGGCGGCUGGGCUACGGUAUCCGAGAUACGCAUCCUGGAUAUCGCAAUGACGGAUGGCGUUGCGUAUAACUUGAAUAUACAGACCGGUACAACUCUAGCGCUUAAACGACACCACGAAUCGCCUAAAUUCGUCUAUAGGGAACCUGAGGUCCAUGCACUCGUUUCGCAUCCGAAUAUAGUCGAAUUCCUGGGUUACUGGGUCGAGCAAGAGAAAUGCACCUCUGAGGACGGCGAGGCUGCUGUCUCGACAUAUCACAACAUCCUGCUUUCAUGCUACCCAUUGGUCCUGUCGGAACUGCCCCUUCCUAUCGCCCUACAAUCGGCCCUGAGCUACGUCAGACAGAUCCUCCAAGCCCUAGCGUAUCUACACUCUCCCGAGAUCUCCAUCUUCCAUCGAGACGUCCAAAUCACGAACAUCCUGGUGGACCCCUCUUCAGGAAUCGUGAAGCUCUGCGACAUGGGAGCGGCGAAGAAAUAUGUCCCUGGCAAAUGGGCCGCUGGUACCAUCGGCAUGAGCGAGAAUAGACCGCUAGAGAUUUCAUUGCAGAGCAAUCAUUAUGACUUCUGUGUAGACAUCUGGCCCGUUGGCCUCAUUCUACUUCACUUACUCACAGGACAUCACCCUUUCCGGAGGAAAGAGACUGAUAUGCAGCAGCUCAUAGAGAUAGCAUCCCGCCUCGGUCGCCCCACCGCUGAAGAGAUCUCAGAGGCCAAUGGCACAAUUCCGUCCAAUACGUUAUCAUGGGAGGCACUACCACCCCCAGACGUCGAUCCUGUGCAAGCCCGGACGAUGAGAUUAGAGGUAAAUCUAUUGUAG